AUUACUAAUAAAGAAAAAAAUACCUUGAGCGAUAGAAAAAAUCGUAGAGCCACAUAAUGUGUUAUAAUUAGAGCUUGUGGAUUCGUGCUGAACCACACGGGACGGGACCAGACUGAACCGAACUAUGCGAAAGUAGAUCGAGCUAGACAGCACUAUUCCAUGCCGACCCGGGAUAUAGAGAGUAGCCCGAUUAUAAUGUAAUGUGUCUCGGGAAAACAGACCCAGAACAAAGAUAAGCAAGAGUAUUGCCAGUAUAUCAAAAAGGAAAUUGCUGUAGUCUUUUAGGUGUGUGGUUCACUUACUGUUAAUCGUAUAACUAUAAUAAGACAGUAUUUCUUGUUUUAAAAGACUUGUAGAAAAGUGGCUUACAAAUUCAUACAAAUUUCGACUAUUUACAAACAUAACAGCAUUUAUUAUCUGAGGCUGAGGAUACAUUUAUUAGCAUAAAUUGAGUUGCACAACUGCAGUUUUGUUAUUUUUUAAUUGUCCUUCAUAGUGGGGAGAUAAUAAAAAUAAAUAAAUAAACAGAUAAAAAUAGAGGGGUGCCAAUCCAGCUCAAACCUGGAUUAUUCCAGGUCAAUGGAUUUCCGUGGUAAAAAGUAUGAGAGAGGCAGCAAUUGGUCAGACCCAGAGGUUGUUGAGCUCCUACAGCUAUGGGCUGAUGAAUCUGUGCAGGUGGAACUUGAGAGCUGUCUACGAAAUCAGCAUGUAUUUAACCGUAUUGCAGAAGUGCUGCGUGAAAAGGGUAUUCAUCGUACUGGUGAUCAGUGUCGUGAAAAAAUUAAAAAGAUGAAGCUUGAAUACAGGCGUAUAAAGGACAACAGCAAGACAUUGCGUGGGGGCCGCACUUGGAAAUUCUUUGAAGUAAUGGACCGAGUGCUGACCAGCCGUCCUGCUAUCUCCUACAGUGCUAUGGGGGGAGCAGUCAUAGCUCAACAGGUAUUACAGACUGGCAGUGGAGUGGAUACUGUUUCUUUCCAUUCCCAUCAUCACCUUCCUCAUCACCAGUUGCCUUCUCACCAUCAUCCCUUUGCAGGCCCUCCACACCCUUUUAGUAGUCACUCACAGCUACCAACAUCUGAGCUCAUGGAAAUCAAAUGUGAAGAAGUGGAAUCUGAUGACCAGUGCCUCUCUCCUGAGCCUCCUGCAUCCAUGAACUACCAGCAAGGUUCUGCUGAAGACCCUGAUGCCGACAACAGCAGGGGCCUCACCAGUCGGAGCCAGGAAUCACCAGGGUCAAGGGUGGAUGCUCCAGCUGAAACAAGUAUUUCGCCUUCAGCUACAGUCCUGGACACACCUGUGGCAGACAAAGAUGCCAUCUACAACGAGCAGAAUAUGGGUUCUUCUUCUUCUGUAGCACAGAACCGGGAACCCCGUCCCAGCUUUUCUUCUUUUUAUCGUCUACGGAAGAAACGGAAACUGCAGCGGUUAAAGGACCCGCUAGAUGACAUUUUCCAUAAGUUUUUGGCAUCCCAGCGAGCCAUGGAAGAGCGUUUCUUGCAGCUGGAGGAGCGACACAUGCAGCGGGACCUGGAGCUAGAGGAGCGCAGGAUGCAGUUGGAGCAACGGCGGGUGGAAAUGGAACGGGAGCACGAGCUGCGCAUGUUCACUGUCUUCGCGCAGAUGGUCAGCAGUCUGCGCGCGGAUAGCAGCCCAGACUUUGGUCUAGUACAUGGGCUGCAGAUGGCAGAUAGGUGGGGAGAGGACAGUAAGCUUAUGAAGGGAAAGGCCAGUGCUCGUCCCCCGAGUAAUCCUUCGCCUGAUCCAGACAACAGCCCCGAGAGAAUCAGCCCCUACCUGUCUAAAAGGGGGAAUAGAAUUUCAAACUUCUACAAUAUUAUGAACGAAGGUUAUAUCGCAUAUGUCGCCGACAAAUACGAUGAAGAUAAAAACCCAAAUGGGAUUGUUAACCUUGGCACCAGUGAAAACAAGUUAUGCUUUGACUUGCUGUCUAAAAGGUUAACCCAGAGUGAUAUGCAUCAGAUUGACCCUCCUCUACUGCAGUAUCCUGACUGGCGGGGGCACCCAUUUAUUAGGGAAGAAUUUGCACGUUUUUUCACCUACUACUGCAAAGCACCUGCUCCUUUGAAGCCAGAGAAUGUUAUUGUGAUAAACGGGGGUGGAUCACUGUUUUGUUCUCUAGCCGCUGUUCUCUGUGAUCCAGGAGAGUUCUCAGAAAAUCAGAUGAAUAUGACAGGAAGUGACACUCGUCCAUUUCACUUAACAGUAGAAAGACUAGAGAAAUCAUUGCAGGAUGCCAAAAUGGAGGAUGUCAGAGUAAGGGCUUUAAUUCUAAUGAACCCUCAUAAUCCCUUGGCUGACGUUUAUUCACCAACAGAGAUGAAGGACUUCCUUGAAUUUGCCAAAAGGCAUGAGUUACAUGUCAUAGUAGAUGAAGUAUAUAUGCUGUCAGUUUUUGAAGAGACUGCCCAGUACCACAGUGUUCUCAGCUUCGACAGACUACCAGAUCCACAGCGAACCCAUGUGAUGUGGGCUCUUAGUAAGGAUUUUGCAGCAUCUGGAAUCCGUGUGGGCUCAUUGUACACAGAAAACCAGGAUGUCCUCAGUGCAGUGGCACAACUGGCUUUUCUCCAUGGAGUACCAGGACCUACACAGCAUAAAGUGGCACAGCUUCUGCGUGACAGAGUGGAAUUAGCUGCAGACAGCAUGAAAGAACACUGUGAUGAACUGCAAGAAGGGAAUUUCCCAGAUAUGGAUCGCCUUAAAGAAAUUAGUUCUGUGAAAAAGACAACAUUUAAAGUGAUCUUCCUUUGGCAAAUGCAGACACGGUGCAUCAGAGUGAGCAGGGAGAUGGCGUCUGAAUCAAAAAAGAAGAAUAGAAAGUGCAAGUCUCUUCAUCAAGCAGAUGAGGAAAAGCGACAUUUAAAUGAUUGGAUCAACCAAACAUUCUUGCAGACAAACAGGGCCAGAUUAAAAGCAGCUCACAAGUAUGUGACAGAUGAACUUAAAGAACUAGGCAUUCCGUUCUUGAACCGACAUGCUGCUUUCUUUGUCUGGGCUGAUUUUAGAAGGUACUUGAAAACUCUCUCCUUUGAAGAGGAGCUACUUUUAUGGAGGAGAUUUGUCAAUAACAAAGUCCUGAUCAUCUGUGGAAAGGCAUUCGAGUGUUGUGAGCCUGGAUGGUUCCGAAUCAUAUUUUCGGACAAAACAUACCGACUACAGUUAGGCAUGCAGAGGUUGCAAAAGGUGUUAAAAGAAGUGGAGCAGGAAAUGCAAUCAGAAGACAAGCUGCUGUUGAGCCAGUUAGAUGCUGAAUGCAAAGCUGACAUUGUGGAGGAAACAGUACUGCAUCCUUCCUCACAGGAAAAAGCCCCUGGACUUGAUGGUCUCAUUGGUCUCUUGAAGAGACAAAUGCAAUCUUCUGACUGGUUGCAAAAGCACACUGUGGAACAAUUUGCCCAAGACAAUCCAGAAGUGUUUGAAGUGUUUAGUCGAUUGGCAGGAAAGUAGAUGGCAGUCUAAUGUGUACUAUGAUCUUUACCUUCCAUACAAAAUAGUAUGGGGUUUUAUAUGAAGGCUAGGGUUUUAUAUGAAGGCAUGGUUCUUUGCCAAAGCCUCCCUUUCCCAGUGUUUCCUUUAGAGGAUUGUUUUUAAUGUAAGUAAAAUAAAACAAUAAAUGUAUUGGAAAUGCUGCUUGUAAAAAAAAAAAAACUGUAUCCACUUCUUGGUGGUGAUACAUGAUAGAGAAGAUGUAACAGAACUUCUGGAAAUUUUAACUUGAAAUCAUAUAUUAUGAAAUGUGAUUUAUUUCCUCAGGAGCACCUGGACCUGAUAAAUUAACUUUACUUCCUUUCAGUUGUUUAAUUUGAAAAAGUACAGUCAGGAGCACUUUGCAGUAUUCAAAAUGCUGUCUCAAUUUUGAGAAACACUAGAUUGAGAGAAUGAUUACAAAAAUUAAUACAUCAUAACAAACAUUAAAUAUACCAUUGAAAUCGA